CAUCGUGACGUGUUUCCGGGUGAACCGGGGCAGACGGGUGGGACGUAACGCUGUGAACUUUGAAAAGUGGGGCGUGUUAGCGCUUAGCUGGUGAAUCUUGGCUUUGCGCCACUAAAAGUUUACGGUUGAUUGACGGGUGGACGUCGCCAUAUUGGGUGGAACUGCUUCAGGUUACGGAAGCACGCAUCGUUUUAGAGCGCUCGGGACGCGCCCGUGACAAUCUUGAGGCGACGCGUCAAACCGCCGACGUUGUGCACGUCACGUGACCACAGGCUGCCGGGCCGUCGCGUGCAUCCUUUGUUGUUUUUAUUGCGUCGGAUGCGUCCAAUCAGCCUUAAGCGCGGUCUGAUGACGACAUUUCUCAACGCCGGAAGCGAUCGAUAUCAGGUGAACUGUCACAGAAGACCCGACCUGAAUAAAACGGAAGUUGUGGGUUGGCUGUCUUGUGCUGAGAGAAGAAAACGUGAUGUCUGAGGCCUGGCUGAACAUGGAGGAAGAGGAGGCAGGAAUAGACAGACAAAGGGCAGAGGACCAGGACGGACCACUUCUUGAUCCUGUGAGACCUCCUACCAGCGAAACGCCCAGACAUGACCUGCUAGGUCCUCUAGCAGGUCCCUGUCCUUCCUCAACAGAAUCUAGCCCCUCUCCUUCAGUUGAGAGCAGUGGUUUGCUGUCAUUGCCCUGGGAGAUGAUGGCCCUCAUUGCCUCACAUCUCCCUGCCCAGUGUGUCAUCACUGUGCUACCAAAGGUGUGCCAUGCAUUGGGUUAUGUGGGUAAGGACAGCACAGCCUGGCAGCUCCGAGCACGCAGGCUAACAGGCUCCCAAGCUGGCUUCCCUGUGGGUCCAAGGGAGGAUUUUGACUGGCCCACUGCCUGCCUGGAAAUGGAGCACCUGAUAAACUGCUGGGCAAGUCAGGCAGACUGGGUGGCCAGACAGACCCAAGAGAAUAAUGGGGAGAUGGGGAGAGAAGCACAGCAGCCAAGGGCAGAUGAAGAACCAGAAGCCGAAGGACAAGAAGAUGCUGGUGUGGACGUUGAAGACGGGGUGGGAGUUGCAGCACAGGAGGUAGCCUUUGGUGUUCCUGAAAUGAUGGAAGUUCCAUUGGAUGGCGAGGACAGAGAGCUGCAGCCAGACCGAGAAAGCAACCCAGAGGGAGGAAUGAGGGAGGACUUCGAAGAGAGGCCAGAAGAGGAAGCUGCAGCAGUAAUGGAGGAAGGCAGAGGUGAGAGAGAAGUGCUUGAUGACAGCGAGGGGAGAGAAAGAGUGGUUGAUGAAGUGGACAACCAUGAGUUCCUGCCAGACCCCAGGUGUCAGGCGUUGGACGUUGAAGAUGAGGUUGGAAUUGCAGCACAGGAGGUAGCCUUUGGUGUUCCUGAAAUGAGGGAGGUUCCAUUGGACGGAGAGGACAGAGAGCUGCAGCCAGACCGAGAAAGGUACCCAGAGGGAGGAAUGAGGGAGGACUUCGAAGAGAGGCCAGAAGAGGAAGCUGCAGCAGUAAUGGAGGAAGGCAGAGGUGAGAGAGAAGUGCUUGAUGACAACGAGGGGAGAGAAAGAGUGGUUGAUGAAGUGGACAACCAUGAGGACCUGCCAGACCCCAGGUAUCAGGCUGAUAGAGAGGUGGAGAUGGGGGUGCAGCAAGAUCAGCCUCAAAGAACCCCAAGUCCACCACCAUCCUUAGAACGCAUCACCCUUUCCUAUGGCCACAGUGCCCAGGUGGAUUCAGUCCUGCUGAUCGGGGACAAGGGGGCAGUGUGUGCUUCAGGCUCUAGGGACAGGAAUGUUAUCUUGUGGGAUUUGCAAGAGGGCUCCAGUGGCAGGAUGUUGUGUACGCUGGGGGGGAAGGGCCUCUAUAGCACCCAUCGAGGCUGGGUGUGGUGCCUAGCAUCAAAGGGUCCCCUAUUGGCUUCAGGAAGCUUCGACAGCACAGUGAAGCUGUGGGACCUGGAGGCGGGUGGGGCAGAGAGGAGCUUAAUCAGGGCUCAGGCUGCUGUUCUGUGUCUAUCCUGUCAGACGGAUGUGCUGCUUGCUGGCACAAUUGACAAGAGGGUCAGCAUCUAUGACACCAGAGUGCCUGAGCCGCUGGUGAAGAGCCUUCCUCUCCAUAAGAAUGCUGUGAUGUGCCUGGCUGCAGACGAACGGUACAUCAUCUCUGGGAGCAAAGACCACACUGUGGCCAUUUAUGACCGCAGGGCAGGGAAACCCCUCAAGAGACUCAGGCUCAGCACCUACUUCCUCUCCAUGAGCUACAACGGCAAUGAGGUGUGGGCAGGAGACAACAGGGGCAUGCUCCAUGCAUUUUCCAUGCAGGCAGGGUGUUUAAAGACCCUGUCCCAGUUUGAUGUGGGACAUACCUCUCUGGUCACAGGCAUCCACAGGUCUUCUGGCAGCCUCUACACCUGCUCAUCCGAUCGUACCAUCAAGGUACAUCUCCCUUGUGCUCCUCCAAGGACACUAUGCACACUGCGUCACCAGGCUGGGGUCAAUGGGCUGAGUGUGGAGGCAGGAGUGCUAGCCAUAGCAUCAGGGACUAUGUGCGUGGAGGUGUGGCGAGCCCGAAAAUGAACAACCAAGACCUGCAAACGCCUCUGAAUUAAUGUGGGAUGACGUUACAGAAACAGUUGAAGACUUUGUAAUAUUAAAGAAGUUUGAAUCAGUUCAACUGGGAUGGACUGGUGGUCUGUCCAGGGUGUCUCCCUGCCUGCCACCCAGUCUGGCUGCUGGGAUAGGCUCCAGCAUCCCCGCGACCUCCGUUGGGAUAAGCGACUUGGAUAAUGGAUGGAUGGGUGCA